UAUCUAUGCAGGCAAAAUAUGUGAAGCCUCUAGCUACGUAAAGCGUGUAAUAAAAAUCUCAUAGUUAAAAUAAGGUUUCCCAUCUGUUAAUGGGGAUAAAUGUAGGAUGGUACUUUUUUGCAUGGUUUUAUGUCGAAGUUUACAACUUCUCUGCCUGGCAGGAGAGGGUAUGCAAUACAGUAUUACAGAAGGUCCCCGCUCCAUAAAGAAAUGCAGAUAUCUUAUAAAUAAAGCCUUAUUAUCACCUAUGUUAAACUUCCAAUUUGGUUUUUUUUUUAUGGUGGGUAAAAAUUAGCUUACGUCAUGCAGUCUUCUAGUAGAAGGCUACUGGCUUGGUUUUGGAGUUUUUUGGACAGGGGAAAAAAAAUCAUCGGUUCUCCAAAGACAAGCUAUGUAGCUAGCCACCCUGAUGUUUCCAGGGUUUUAAGUAUUAUUUCAGUUAGUUAUACUCCGGAGAAUUCCCUCUGGCUGUGCUUCAGGUUGAUCAACUCCAAAAUGUUAUCUCAGUGUCUGUGCCAAGUUUACAAAUGUUUGUUUCUGCGCAACUUAAAACUGAAUUCAAUAAAUGUGGCUGCUUUGGCCAGAAGGAUCCAUUCUUCAGCAAAAAAGCUUUCUGACUCUGAGUUAAAGGAACAAACCGUCUGCAAAUGUGAAACUGAAGAGUUGCCUCAAAGUACAGAAAACAAUAAUUUUGGAAGAUUGCACAUACCAGUGAUGCUGGAGGAGGUUGUUAACUGUUUAUCCCCCCAGCCAGGCCAGCGUUUCCUUGACAUGACGUUUGGAGCCGGAGGCCAUACUACCGCUCUUCUAGAGAAAGCCAGCGACAUUACAAUAUAUGCACUAGACAGGGACCCCACAGCUUAUAAAAUAGCUCAGCAGCUUUCAGAAUCAUACCCGAAACAGAUUCGAGCUCUUCUAGGACAGUUUAGCCAGUCAGAGGCUUUGUUAAUCUCCUCUGGAGUUGAGCCAGGGACUCUCGACGGAGUUCUCCUGGAUGCUGGCUGUUCUUCUAUGCAAUUUGAUACACCUGAAAGAGGUUUUUCCCUGCAGAAGGACGGACCGUUGGACAUGAGGAUGGAUAGUGACAGGUACCCUGACAUGCCCACUGCUGCUGAUGUUGUGAAUGCUUUAGAUCAACAGGCGCUUGCGUCCAUCCUGAGAACAUACGGGGAGGAGAGGCACGCCAAGAAAAUCGCUUCAGCCAUCGUUCAGGCACGCAGCAUAUACCCCAUCACCAGAACUCAGCAGCUUGCAAGCAUUGUUGCAGGUGCUUUUCCAGCAUCAGCACUGUACGCACGAAAAGACUUGCUUCAGAGACCUACACAUGUUGCUACCAAAACUUUUCAAGGCCUGCGAAUAUUUGUAAACGAUGAGCUCCAUGAACUCUUCAUAGGGUUGAAGACAGCUGAGAAGUUUCUAAAACCUGGAGGUCGCCUUGUAGCCCUCUCCUUUCAUUCACUAGAAGAUCGUAUUAUCAAACGUUUCCUUCAUGGAAUAAACAUGACAGAAAAAUACAAUCUUGGCUCAAGGCAGAAGAUAAGACGCGCUCUGAAAAAUUGCUCCAAAGAUGAUGAUACACAAGAACUUCCUCAUGGAAAAUCCAACUCAAAGUGGAUUUUUAUACAGAAAAAAGUUCUCACACCCCAGGCCAAGGAUAUUCGAACAAACCCAAGAGGAAGGUCGGCCAAGUUAAGAGCUGCUAUUAAAGUCUAAAACAAAAUAUAUAAUUAUAUAAUUGUAUAAUUUCCUUAAAUUUUGUUUUCCAGAAGGCUAACUGGACAGAUAGUAUCAAACUGAAAAAAUAAAAUGAAGUCUGUUAAAAAACA